AUAACAUAACUUGCAAAACAUAGAUUUAAUUAGAUCCAAUUCAAGAUGUCUCGAGCACAAGCUGAAAGUGUGAUAAAGAAUAUAAUACGAGAAAUUGUGCAGGAAUGUGCCAGCAAAGGCCACAGUCUAUCUGAGACUCUCGUCGCAUUCAUGGUGAAAGCUGUUGUUCUUGAUCCUCACAAUCAGUUCAAUGUUGAUCGAACUUUAACAAAAGAAGAUGUACAAAAACUUAUCAAACUUUGUGUUGACCGGCUUGUCGAUUUACGAUCCCCGAGUCUCGACACAAUUAAAAUGCAAGUUUAUUUUGACAUGAAUUACACUACAAGGCAAGAAUUUUUAGAUGAACACAGAAGAGUACUUGAAGCGAGACUUGCUCCAGUCACAAGAGAAAUUACUGACAGUCGAGCGAGAACACGAGAAGAAUUGGAAAGUCUGUAUCGAAAGAUUGUUUCUUAUGUGCUUUUGCGAUCAGGACUGGGAUCACCCACUGAUAUUGCUGUUGUACGUGAAGCGACCGCUGCUCUUCAGAGUGUAUUUCCGCAAACGGAGCUGGGUACUUUUAUGUCAUUGACUAAAAGAGAUAAGGAAAGACAGCUUCAUGAAUUAACUCUCAUUGUAUCUGGAAUACGACUUUUUAACAAAGAAUGUGGAAAAGGUGGUGAAGGAAUUGACGAUCUUCCUGGUAUCCUGAAUGAGGCGAUUCCUGCUACGACACAAAAUCUAGAUGCGGAAAUACAAAACAGCCAGCAUUCAUCGUUUCGAUACACAACAUUGAUCGAAAAAUUUCAAAGCGACUCUUCAGGGGGAUUAAGCGAAAUCCCCUCUCAGCUAUUAAAAGAUGCUCUAAUAAACGUCCGGCAACAUGAGACGUUUCUUCGAAUACUUCUGAACGAUGUGAUUGGUUGUGCACAGCAAGUUGAAAUGCUGGUGAAUCAACUAAGCACAAGAAUGGACCAGUUACAACAAACUGUUCAAUCUAAAACAGCUGUACCAACAGCCCAGGUCUACCCACAAUUUAUAAGCUUAUCGCAUUUGUGGACAUGCUUCCAGGAUGAGAUGGUUCUUCUAAGUGUGCUUAGCAACAUCCUUGCUAGUAUUGAGCCUUUCACUCGGACUCAGCGUGAACUUUUCCCAGAUGAUGUAUUAAGUCCACAUCUCCAAAAUGUCGCAAUCAAAUCAGAUGAACAGAGAAUUCAAGAAACUACUGGACAAAGAGUUAAUCCUGAGGACUUUGAAGAUGAUCCUAAAGUCCAGUGGUUGUUUCCAGAGACAACAAAAAAUUACAACCAGCUCUUGCUACAAUAUCGAGGAUACUGUGGAUUUUCAAUAGUGAGGAAUGAUCGACUUUUACUACCAGGGAAUCCAGAUAUUGGCAUUUUACAAUAUCAAGACAAACUCUAUGUCUUUAGUUCUAAUGCAGCUGCUGUUGAAUUUGCUAAAAAUCCUCCAACUUUUAUUAAUGGAGUUGCAGAAGCUGCAAAGGCUUCACCGGAAUUGAUCCAGCUUUUGGAAUUGCAUCAGCAGUUUGCCAGUAUUACUCCUUAUCCGCAAGCAGGAGAGGGUGGAAAAAUGUUUGAAAAACCUGUCACAAAAUCCGAUUCUGGAACUCAAACAGACACUCACAUACUCGAACACAACAUAGUUAAAGAUUAUGAGUGGAACGAGUGGGAAUUGAGAAGAAAAGCAAUCAAACUUGCAAACCUGCGUACUAAGCUUACAAAAACAGUACAGACAAAUCUCAGUAAUCUCCGUAGAGACAACGUGAGUCAAGUAUAUUUGCCAAAAGAACAAGGUGCACAAACCAAGAAAGAAAGUUCAAGCAAUGUUCCAAAACCGCAGGUUUUUAUGGCUGGACUUCGAGGAAUCAGGGGAAUUAGAACUAUGGUCCGAGUUGAUUUAACAAAAGAUGUCAAUGACGCUUAAUAUUUAGUUUUCAUAUUGUUUACAUGUUACUUCUAAUAAAGAUAUUUCUAAUCCUUUAUUAUAGGAAAAGUUCUAUUAUAAAUCCUGUUUGUAUUUUUAUAAUAACAUGCAUAUAGGAAUCUAGUUCAUUAAUGUGUGUUCAGGUAAUCGGGAAUGCCAAAUUCUACUUUAUUUGAAAAAAUUAUCAUUUUUUUCAACCCAUCUCAAUAUAAACAAAAAUCUGCAUU